CCAAUGUUUGGGAUGAUUGUAUACACCUGUGUCCAUGGAGGGGAUUGGAACACCUGAAUCACAUGAUAUGGAGGGGAUUGGAACACCUGAAUCACAUGAUAUGGAGGGGAUUGGAACACCUGAAUCACAUGAUAUGGAGGGGAUUGGAACACCUGAAUCACAUGAUAUGGAGGGGAUUGGAACACCUGAAUCACAUGAUAUGGAGGGGAUUGGAACACCUGAAUCACAUGAUAUAGAGGGGAUUGGAAACACCCAAAUCACAUGAUAUGGAGGGGAUUGGAACACCCGAAUCACAUGAUAUGGAGGGGAUUGGAACACCUGAAUCACAUGAUAUGGAGGGGAUUGGAACGCCUGAAUCACAUGAUAUGGAGGGGAUUGGAACGCCUGAAUCACAUGAUUUGGAGGGGAUUGGAACACCUGAAUCACAUGAUAUGGAGGGGAUUGGAACACCUGAAUCACAUGAUAUGGAGGGGAUUGGGGACACCUGAAUCACAUGAUAUAGAGGGG